AUGAAGCUGCUGAAGACCUCCCUGCUCACAGUGACCAUCCUCCUUUGCUGCAACAUUGCUCAGCCCACAUUCAACCAGGAUGCGGCUGUAUCCAAACCUGGGUAUUGCCCAGAGUUUCAUCUCUCCUGCCCUUUUGCCCUCAUUUCCAUAUGCAUGCGUGAUAGAGGCUGCAAGGGAGCCAAAAAGUGUUGCUUCUACUACUGUCAGAUGCGCUGUGUGGAUCCGUGGGAGAGUUUGGAUUAG